AUACAUGCUUGUUGACAUAGCAUACACGUUAUCAAAUCUGUGUCAGCUCAUUUGAGCUUGUGUUAAGCAGCACUGGUGAUGCUUAUCUGUCAAGAUCAUUUUUAAGCCAUGUUUUGUCACAGGUUUGGGACAUGCAUUUUGCCACUAAAAACGAAAUUGCUGUAUUUCUCACCUAACCAAGCAGGAAAGAAUGGAAACUGUAUGCAUAAUAUCCGGUCCUACUUUGACAGAGAAUUAUCAACAGCAACUUCAAAAACCGAGCGCAAUGUGGUUCUAAUGGGCAGUCCCGGAUGCGGGAAAACGACGGUGGGUCGCAUCUUGGCCGGGCGGCUGGCACUUCCGGUCAUAGACGUGGACGACCACCAUUUGGAGCCGUACUGGGGAAUGACAGUGGCACAGAAGCUAGACGAGGUUGGUUCUGACGGUUUUGUGUCUGCGGAAGGGGACGCCCUGGCAGCCUUGAGCGUCUAUGGAUCCGUUGUAUCUCUGACCGGAUCUAACCCAAUGCACGAUGGAGGAAUGUCAAAUAUCGCCAAAUCGGGUCACCUGUACUUUCUUGACGUCCACAUGCCGGAUAUUCUCGAACGACUAGAACGUAUGAAGGUCAACCGUAUUGUCGGACAAAAUGAUGGAACUUCAAUGGAAGAAAUCCUCAAGUUUCGUCAACAGUUUUACGAGAAGUGGUACGAUACACGAAUCAUUUGUGAACGGAACGAAUCACCAGAGAGUGUUGCUGAUAAAAUAAUGUCACAUAUGGAAAGAAGUUCGACAGCGGGGUAUGAAUCAACAAGGGGCGAAUCGAUGGCGAGCGAAAAUUUUGAUGACGUCAUACUUCGAGGUCUUGCACGUGACGGUGGUUUGAUUGUUCCACGUGCAAGCAUUCCAAAAUUGACCACCGGUCAGCAAGAGCGAUUGGUUGAUUUAAAUUACACAGAACGUGCUGUAAGAAUUCUUGAAAUGUGGAUCUCAAGUAAUGAAAUGGACCCAAGACUAUUACGUCAUCUAGUGACGUCAUCCUAUACCGGAAAUGCAUUUAAGCACCCAGACGUGUGUCCGGUGCGCACGCUUUCCGGAAAUAGGGGACAGUACAUUCAAGAACUAUUCCACGGACCUACGGCGUCGUUCAAAGACUUUGCGCUUCAGUUGAUGCCCAGAAUGUUUUUAAAUGCUUUGGAAAAGCAGAACAGAAAAGAGAAGUAUUUGAUUCUGGUUGCUACGUCUGGUGACACGGGCGGUGCUGUUCUAGACGGAUUUACACGUGCAAAUGCUAAUGCUUCAAAAGGCGGCCCUGGCGUGUUAGUAUUUUACCCACGUGACGGUAUUAGCAGCAUACAGCGUGACCAGAUGGUGGCUUAUCAGAGUGACACUACACGUGUAAUCGGCGUACGCGGUGCUGACUUCGACAUGUGCCAAACUGCGGUGAAGCAAAUAUUUCAAGAUUCAUCGCUAGCAUCUGAUCUGCUUGAAAAUCGCAACAUCAAGUUGAGUGCCGCCAAUUCCAUCAGCUGGGGUCGUCUGCUACCGCAAGUUGUUUAUCACGUGUCCUCAUACCUUGACCUUGUAAAACAAAAGGUCGUUGCCCUUGGAGACGAAAUUGACCUUUGUGUCCCAACCGGAAACUUCGGCAACAUUCUCGCAGCGUAUUAUGCGAAGGAAAUGGGAAUCCCUUUCAAACGACUUAUAUGCGCGUCAAAUUCGAACAACGUUAUUACCGAUUUCCUGUCGUCCGGUUGCUAUGACAUCAAAACCAGGCAAAUGCAGCAGACGACAUCUCCCGCCAUCGAUAUUCUAGUCUCGUCCAAUCUGGAGCGUUUAAUCUAUCACGUGACCGGGAGAAAUGGACCAAUGCUAAAAGACGCCUUUGAGCGCCUGAGAGAUGAGAAAUAUUUCGAAGUUCCCAAAGAGGUCAUGUCAACGCUACAGCAUACAUUCCAUGCCGGAUGGAGCUCCGAAAUCGAGUGCCAGGAAGCCAUUUGUGAAACAUUGAAAUCGUCUGGGUAUCUAUUGGACCCCCAUACCGCUGUUGCAAAGACGGUAGCAGACCGUUACCAAGGAGACAGACCUAUGUUGAUCGUCUCUACAGCCCAUCCAGCCAAAUUUGCUCAUGAUAUGCUUCAAUUCCUGGAUUUCCAAACCGGAAGCUCAAAACCGGAAACACCGAUCGACAUGAUCCAGACGCUUGGAAAUUUGGCGCCAAAACCAGGAAUUCAUCAGACGCUUUUACAAACGCUUUCUAGUGGAGCUGGAAAGGGCAAAACCGCUUGUGACAAUAGCUUUGCAAGUAUGGUGAACGAAGUUCAUAAAAUGUCGAAGGUGAUUGGAUAGUUUAGAGGAUUUGCAAUCAUUGUUGAAAAACACUGCCAAAUAAUAUUUUAGCAAACCUGUAAGUUGUUUUGUUUUGUGUUUUUUUAUUUGAAGGCCCAUCAGGUGAUGUUAAUAAUGAUGUUGUCAUAAUGGAUAUACACGGAGGCGUACCUGGCGCACGCCCCUCUAAAAUAUAAAAAAAUCUUUAUUUUCGUCAAUAUUAGAAAAAUGAUACGAAAGUAAUGCCCCUGAAAGUCUUUUUUCAUAUCUAAAUGACAAAAUGUUUCAUCGGAAACCUCUUCAAGCCCUAUUAAACCCAUUAAAACUAUGUAUUUUUCGUAUUUAUCAGAAAGGGGGGCGUACUUUUCUAGUUGUGCUAAGUGCGCCCCCUUUAACGCUAAAUCCUAAAACCGCCCCUGGUUGUUAUUAAAGGACAGCGGGAUUCGAACGCGCUUACUAUAAGUCGGGGACCAUGACACUGUUAGUAUGUACUUAUGAAA